AUGGCGCCGGUUACACCCUCUUCUGGUCAGGGAACCUGCAACAGAAAGGCACCUCUCAGGCGUCUGCUUCAUGAUCAGGACCUCCAUCGCCUCCAAGCUGGAAAACCUGCCAACCGAACGAACAGUAUGCCCGCUCUUCAGUGUGAUGCUCUGACUCUCCAAGCUGACCUGCAGAAAAGACAGGUUCUACUGGAGCUCCGCGGCCAUCUCCAAAGCAUCCCUGCAGACAAGGUAAUAAUCCUUGGCGAUUUCAACACCAGAGUGGGUCAAGAUGUAGAUGCCUGGAAAGGAGUUCUUGGCAGGCACGGCGUUGGAAACUGCAACGACAAUGGGCGCUUGUUGUUGGAGCUUUGCACUAAGCAGCAACUUGGUCAUCACCAACACAUCUUCCAACAAAAGGACAGAUUGAAAACAACCUGGAUGCAUCCGUGGUCCAAACAUUGGCACCUCAUAGACUACGUCCUAGUGCGCCAAAAAGACCUCAAGGAUGUCCUUCGCACCAGAGUGAUGCCCAGUGCAGAAUGUCACACGGACCAUCGACUAGUGCGCAGCAAACUUAGGCUGCACUUCAAACCCAAACCAAGGAAGAGAGGGCCCCCCACGAAAAAGUUCGAUCUCGAGAAACUUCAGUCAUCUGAAGUGAAAGCUGACUUUCAGGCAGACCUACAGUCCAAGCUUGAGAGCGUUGACUGCCCAGAAGACCCCUCACCUGAAACACUCUGGGAUCAACUGAAGACUGCCAUCCUGCAAACAUAUGAAGAAGUUCUGGGGUUUACCACCAAGAGGAACAAAGACUGGUUCGAUGAGAACAACCAAGAGAUCCAGGAACUGCUGACGAAGAAGAGGUCAGCCCAUCAGGCCCACCUGGCUCAGCCGUCAUGUCCUGUGAGGAAAGCUGCCUUCCAUCUCAUUUGCAGCAACCUCCAGCACAAGCUUCGAGAGAUUCAGAACGAGUGGUGGACCAACCUCGCAGAGAAAACUCACCUUUGCGCAGACACUGGUGACUACAGAGGCUUCUAUGAAGCCCUAAAGGCAGUAUAUGGUCCUACUCACCACGUCCAGAGUCCUUUACGCAGUGCAGACGGACAGGCGCUCUUCACAGACAAGACUUCCAUCCUGAGCUGUUGGUCUGAGCACUUUCAGGCCCUCUUCAGCGCUGACCGCGUCGUCCAGGGCUCAGCAGUUCUCCGCAUUCGUCAGAAGCCAGUCAUAGAGGAAUUGGAUGAAAGUGUGGCAAGGCAGCAGGAGUGUGGCAAGACAGCAGGAGUUGAUGGGAUCCCACCAGAGAUCUGGAAAAAUGGGAGAGACCAACACUACACAGCAAGCUCCACGAACUCCUUGUCUGUUGUUGGGAGCAGAGCAAGCUUCCAAGAGACCUCAUUGGUACCCACCAUCGCUGAAGACCACCUCCCAGAAACCCAAUGUGGAUUCAGGACCAACAGGGGCACCACAGACAUGGUGUUCGUCCUCAGGCACCUCCAAGAGAAAUGCCGGGAGCAGAACAAACCAAAGCAUUUGACACUGUGA